ACGCGGACGCACAGACCGCCGUGCCCGGCGCGCAGCCGCAGUGUCUUCUUGCUCCAGCUCCCGCCCCCGCUGGCUGGACGACGUGGAAGUUGCAGGCUGACCACCAGGCUUGGAGGUGUCCGCCUGGGAACCCGGAGGCCGGGAGCAGCGGAGGUGGCGGCGCCAGAGCUCAUCUAGGACUCGCUGCCGAGUCCCGGCCUGUCUGUGAGGAUCGGCGAGGGCGAGGGCGGCGGUUCAUCAUGGGUGGCUUUUUCUCAAGUAUUUUUUCCAGUCUCUUUGGAACCAGGGAAAUGAGGAUUUUAAUUUUGGGAUUAGAUGGUGCUGGAAAAACUACAAUUUUGUACAGAUUACAGGUUGGAGAAGUUGUCACUACUAUUCCCACUAUUGGAUUUAAUGUAGAGACGGUGACAUACAAAAACCUCAAAUUCCAAGUUUGGGACUUAGGCGGGCAGACAAGUAUCAGGCCAUACUGGAGAUGUUACUACUCAAACACAGAUGCAGUCAUCUAUGUGGUUGACAGCUGUGACCGAGACCGGAUUGGCAUCUCCAAGUCUGAGUUAGUGGCCAUGUUGGAGGAAGAAGAGCUGAGAAAAGCCAUCUUAGUGGUGUUUGCGAAUAAGCAGGACAUGGAGCAGGCCAUGACUCCCUCAGAAAUGGCCAAUGCGCUCGGGUUACCUGCCCUGAAGGACCGAAAGUGGCAGAUAUUUAAAACGUCGGCCACCAAAGGCACCGGCCUUGACGAGGCCAUGGAAUGGCAAGUACCCUGUGUUUGAAGGCAGCUGUGCGUGCACGUGGGG